UACUGUGCAAAAGAGGGCGGGAGAGAGGAGGGGAGAGAGACGUUCCUUCCGACAUUUUCUCUCUUCUUGAAGAAAACUCUUCUUCGCAUUCAGAUCCUUCCCUCACCCCCUCUCUCUAGGUUCCUGUUGUUCGUGUUUUUGAUCGUUCUCUGACACAUCCUGUCAAAUCGGACGCUUCAAAUCCGCGGUUUUAAGCCAGUUACUUCGCAUCGAGAAUGGUGGUUCCGGGGCCAAUUACUCCUGGGCAGGUGUCUUUCGUGCUGGGUUUUAUUCCGGUUUUUGUUGCAUGGAUAUAUUCAGAGUACUUGGAGUAUAAGAGAACAUUGUCUCCUCCUAAGACUCAUUCAGAUACCAGUGAUGUUGAUGAAUUGGGCAAAGGUACGAAGGAAGAUGAUCAGGCUGCUUUGCUGGAAGCAGAGCGUGUGAGAUCAGCAUCUGCAAAAUUCAAAGCUUCAUCCAACAAAUUGAACGUCAAUAGAUUUUUUAUUAUGGAUGGCUCUUUCUUGCUGGAGAAUCGAGCAACUUUGAGGGCAAUGUCUGAAUUUGGUUUAAUUCUGCUUUAUUUCUACUUAUGUGACCGCACAAACUUACUGGGAGAUUCUACUAAGAGUUACAGUCGGGAUCUUUUCCUUUUCCUCUACCUCCUCCUCAUUAUAGCUUCAGCCAUGACCUCUUUGAAGAAGCACAGUGACAAAUCAGCAUUUUCUGGCAGAAGCAUACUUUACCUUAAUAGGCAUCAAACAGAGGAGUGGAAAGGAUGGAUGCAGGUCCUCUUUCUUAUGUACCAUUAUUUUGCUGCAAUGGAGAUAUACAAUGCAAUACGUGUUUUCAUAGCCGCAUAUGUCUGGACGACUGGAUUUGGCAACUUCUCCUAUUAUUAUGUCCGAAAAGAUUUUAGCCUUGCACGCUUUGCUCAGAUGAUAUGGCGGCUUAAUUUUUUGGUUGCCUUCUGUUCUGUUGUGCUUAACAAUGACUAUAUGCUUUAUUAUAUAUGUCCAAUGCACACCCUUUUCACUCUGAUGGUGUAUGGAGCACUUGGCGUUUUUAACAAAUAUAAUGAGAAAAGCUCGGUUAUGAAUGCAAAGAUUCUCGCAUGCUUUCUUGUGGUGAUCUUGAUUUGGGAAAUCCCUGGAGUCUUUGACAUUUUAUGGAGUCCAUUUGCUUUCUUUUUAGGGUAUACUGAUCCUGCAAAACCAGAUCUCCCUCGAAUGCACGAAUGGCAUUUCAGAUCUGGGCUUGAUCGCUACAUCUGGAUAAUUGGAAUGAUUUAUGCCUAUUUCCAUCCAACCGUUGAGAAAUGGAUGGAAAAGUUGGAAGAGUGUGAAACCAAGAGGAAAAUCACAAAAACAGGCAUUGUUUCAGUUUCUUCAUUGGUUGGAUAUUUAUGGUAUGAAUAUAUAUACAAGCUGGAUAAGAUAACAUACAACAAGUUUCACCCUUACACUUCAUGGAUUCCAAUUACUGUUUACAUUUGCUUGCGGAAUUUCACUCAGCAGUUUCGCAGUUUCUCUUUGACCCUCUUUGCGUGGCUGGGCAAGAUAACUUUGGAGACUUACAUUUCACAGUUCCAUAUCUGGUUGAGAUCAAACAUGCCCAAUGGACAACCCAAGUGGCUUCUUUCUAUCAUACCGGGCUAUCCUCUGCUAAACUUUAUGCUUACAACUGCUAUAUACACCUUGAUGUCCUAUCGACUUUUUGACUUAACAAACAUGCUCAAGUCAGUGUUCAUACCAACAAAAGACGAUAGACGGCUGCUGCAAAAUUUUCUCAGUGGAAUUGUGAUUUCCCUUUCUUUGUAUUGCAUUUCGCUGGUUCUGCUUCAGAUUCUCGAUCAGUGAUGGGUUGAAAAUCCAAGACAUUAAAGACAGGUCCCUUCAUUCAAGCCAAAAGAAAAGUAGAUGGAUUAAAAUAAGGAUAAGUGGAAAUGUAAAGUGUCAUACUCGUAUCAUUCUUUGAUACCGCAUCAGACAUAAAAAUGGAUGAAUCGUGGUGGUUAGAAAAGGAAGGGGGUGAACCCCAUCGUUAGUUCAAAUCAAUCUUCCAUGCAUAUGAUAGUUGUUACAUUGCACGUAAAGAGAGAUACAUCUAGGGAAGUGUUAGAAAUUCUGCGUUUCCUUGGAAGAAAUUCAAGAUUUAGUUACCGGUUUAUAUUCUGUUGUACAUCAUUUGUACAUUAUUGGAACAACAGUUGCACUUUUUCAUUGUGUUUGCUUGGAAGAAAUUCAAGAUUUAGUUAAUGAUUUA